AGCGCAGUCGCAGUACUAAUGCUUUCGCAUUGAAUGCCAUUCAGUGCUAAUGAAUGGACUUUUUUUGCGAUAACUUUUUAUCACUUUUUUGUUUACCAUUAAAAUCGUUGAUAUCUUUUGAUGGAUAGUCGAGGUCUUCAGUGAACAACACAUCCCGCGGACAACAAUACACACAUAAAAAAUAACCGGAAGCAAUGGCCGUACAGUUGAGACACUUGUAUCCAAUCAAUUCGCUGCUGAAGAGAGCGCUUCCCGUUCUGCACAAGUGUUGCCAAAAGCGAUGUCUCAAUCUUCAGGAGUAUCAGAGCAAACAACUGAUGCGAAACAAUGGUGUGAGAGUUCAGCGCUUCUGUGUCAUCGAGAGUGUCGAUGAAAUCAAGUCCAUUAUCGGCGACCCGAACGUGAAGUACGCGGAGUGUCCGUCGGCUGACGGCCCGCAGUCGUCGGUCGACCAUUUGGUUCAGCACUCGUUGGCCGAUGUGGAGGAAUACGUGAUCAAAGCGCAAGUGUUGGCCGGCGGUCGCGGAAAGGGUUACUUCAAGAACUCGUCGAUGAAAGGAGGCGUUCAGUUGACGAAAGACAAGCAAAAAGUGACGGAAAUUUGUGCCAAAAUGUUGAACGACUUCCUAAUCACCGCU